AUCGUAUUUACCAACAUUGAUUGCGACUGUCAUCACCAGUUUUCUGAAAACAGCGAACAAUAUUAACAAUAUAUAAAUAAUGGCUUCUGAUGGCGAGGAUAUGAAUGUAACAGCAUCUGAAAGCGAAGUUUCUGCAGCAGAAACGGAAACUGAUACUGAGGAUGCACCGUUACCGGAUUUAGAAACAGAUGAAGAAAAUUUAGAUGUUGAAGCUGUGCCCCUAUCGAACGACGAAGCAGAAAUGGAGGAAUUAUUGGGACAACUGGAGGAUUACACGCCCACUGUGCCAGAUGCGCUUACUAUGCGGAUACUCAAUAGCUCUGGCUUUGGCUCCGUGGAUCCCCGAAUCGUUCGCAUAAUUUCUGUUUCAGCACAAAAAUUCAUCUCGGACAUUGCAAAUGAUGCGUUGCAGCAUUGUAAAACACGCACAACUAACAUUCAACACUCUAGCGGCCACAGCUCCAGCAAGGACAAGAAGAACCCAAAAGAUCGCAAAUACACGUUGGCUAUGGAGGACUUGGUACCAGCUCUGGCCGAUCAUGGCAUAACAAUGCGGAAACCACAAUAUUUUGUAUAAAAUAUCAUACAUUAAAAUCACAUACAGAAAAAAUAGAAAAUAUAAUAAG